AUGGGAAUUUGGAUUUACUGCAAGAUAUGUACACUGAUAAAUCUGUUUAACUACAGUCAAAACCUGGAAAAGGGGCUAAGGAUGAGGUCCUGUGCCAAAUCAAUGCUUCCGUCUCAGUGGCUGUUCCUGGCAUAUGUGUUAAUGGUGUGCUGUAAAUUGUUGUCCGCGACUAGCCACCAUCCCCGGGGGCACCCAGGCCACCACCAAGUUAAGCAAGGGACGUGCGAAGUGGUGGCAGUGCAUCGGUGCUGCAACAAGAACAGGAUUGAAGAGCGGUCGCAGACGGUCAAGUGCUCCUGCUUCCCAGGUCAGGUGGCUGGCACAACAAGAGCGCAGCCCUCCUGCGUCGAAGCUGCCAUUGUCAUCCAGAAGUGGUGGUGUCAUAUGAACCCUUGCCUGGAUGGAGAAGACUGUAAAGUGCUUCCAGAUUACUCAGGUUGGUCAUGCAGCAGUGGAAACAAAGUCAAAACUACCAAGGUGACACGGUAG